UGGGUACUAUUUCCAGGAUCGACUACAUUGCCUGCCAUCGGCUGCGUCCCUUGGCCGGAAUCGGUCGGACUGCGAGCUAGAGAUGGGUCAGCGUCUGCGCCGGGUAGGCGAGAAGUUGGAAGCGGAUGUGCUCACUUGGAGGCGAUCCGGACGCGUUGGACUGGCGGCGACGCUUCACAGCCAUGGUGGCGCUCAAGUGAGGAUGGCCGUGGUGUCAACGGACUAUCUGCGAUGUGCGGAGAAUGUGGAAGCUCGAUCUUAUCUCCGGGUAGAAUCCAGGUGCUGACAGAGCUGUUAUACGUAUGGUGGGACGCGGGCUGGGCGAGGAGCGCGCUGGGUGGGGAGCGGAUGGGCUUUAUAUAUGGGUGCGCGUCGGCAAGGCGUGCGCAGAGAAAGAUCACACCAAGGAGUGAAUUGCUCGAACCCUUUAGGCCAUAUCGAAGCCUUAAGCGAGAUCAAAAAGGGCCUGUGCGCCGUGAUUUUGGGCGGUUGGAAGAUUCGCAAUCGCGGGGUCAGGGGCUGGUGAAUGGAGUGGUGAGGAGUUGGAAGAGGUGGGAGAACGGCAUGGCGAUGCUGGUCGAUGGGGAAGCUGCCAUUUUGAUCGAUGUCGAUGUCCCCCGCCAUUGCCGUAAGAACUCGCUGAGAAGACAGAGCAAGAAGAUGGGGGAUACCGGAAGAAGACUGAUCGCAUUGCUCGCACCCCGCCACUACUUAUAUGUUCUGAGUGGGACUCAUCACCAAUCACGAGCCUCCUUGCUCGCCCACUCGUGGCCACCGGAAACCGAAGUACGCCACAUGCCCCCUCCGCAUGUCUCCUCCGCACGCCUCCUCCUUGAGCCCGACCAGCUGCGUUGCUCAUAUGGCCUCAACCCCACGCGACAAGGUCGUGCCGUCAUAUUGCAAAAGGCACAGACGUGGCAAACGGAACAAGGAUAUGGGGCUAGAUCGCACGUGCUAUCACUCUCGCCAUGCUAUCCGUAAGCCCGCAAUAUCACGGGUAGGCUUACGUGCGGUUAGGAGGGCGAUCAGCGACACCAUGAGAUCGACUCAUGUACUACGAAGCAAAGGACGUAUCGAAAACACGUGCCAAAGAUCUUCACAUGCCGG